UCGUUGCCUCCUCUCUCCCAUCCGGCCGCGCGCACCCGGCGUUGCGCCUCCCCUCAGCUAGGGUUCGCCAAUCGCCAUACCUCCUCCGCCGCCCUUGUCUUCGCGUGCAGCUGCCGCGACCAGAUCAAGCCUGCAAGUUCGCUCCGAAUCGAUUGCCUGGUGAGCGCCAGAUACGUUUCGCUGCCGAUUUGGGGGAGCCUGUAGUGCGGCGCUAAGGAAGGAGGCGGCGCCAUGAGGUUGGAGAAGUGCUGGUUCUGCUCCUCCACCAUCUACCCCGGCCAUGGCAUCCAGUUCGUCCGCAACGACGCCAAGAUCUUUCGCUUUUGCCGAUCAAAGUGUCAUAAAAAUUUCAAGAUGAAGAGGAAUCCUCGUAAGGUUAAGUGGACAAAAGCAUACAGGCGCUUGCAUGGCAAGGACAUGACCCAGGAUUCGACCUUUGAGUUUGAGAGAAAGAGGAAUAGGCCUGAGCGCUAUGACCGGAAUGUGACCGAGCAAACUCUGAAGGCCAUCCCGAUUAUUACAAAGGCUAGGCAUGAGCGCCUGAAGAAGCACAUUUCAGACAGGCAAAAACCUGGUAAAAAGAAGGAACUGGAGAGAGAUAACAAGGAGCUGGAGCAGGACAUCAACAUGCUUCCGAAGAAGCUUAUUAGUAAUGAGGCUUCAGCUGAGAAAACAAAGGUCAAGGUCAAGGUCAAAGUUGUUCAGCAGCAGACUGAAGAUCGGAUGGAAGAGUAGCCGGUUGGUAUUGUGUUGCUUGUGCUCAUGUCGUAUGCAGACCUUUUCUUUUGAGUUUCUCGAGAUUGCCCUGCUGCCAUGUAGUCGACGAAAGAUGUUAACAUUUGUGGACCGAAUAUCAACAAGUUUUGCGUGUGGUGGCAGAUACUUGUACUGGAGUGGAGUGAAAAGUUAUGUGAGAUGAAUUCACUAUAUGAUGCUUGGGCGUUGAUGAUUUGAAAAUUUUUUAGAGGUA